AUGGCAGAAUUUAUCGCAACAGAUUACGUUGUCAAUUCAUUACUGUUUCAUGCAUAUAAACAAAAAUAUAUGGAUUUUAUUGUUGGUCCUGAAUCAAGCUCACAACUUAAAACUCUUUUGCUAACAACCUGUGAAAUUGGUUAUUGCAUUGGUGAAUAUCUUGGUGAAUUAUCCAAUCAAUUUCCGGAUCGUGAAGUUGAGAUUCAUUUUUCAACUAGAAAGUCACCGUUACUCGUUUUUGUGGAAAAGCGAGCACGAUUUCGACUUUAUGGCAGUAUGAACAUGUAUGUUAGACCAAAAAAUUCGACGCAAUUCAAAACAUUGAUUAUACGAGCUGAUACAAAGAUGACAUCCAACAUUAAUUUAUGGUUAAAUCAAACAACAAUCAUUGGAAAUAUUUCAAUUGAAAGUUUAGACUUCAAAUUACUUGAAUCUCGCAUCCGAGAUGUCGACCAAGCAACAUUUGGUGAUCUCGGCCUUUUUGGUGCUGAAUUCCUGGAACAAUUACUUACUGAUAUCCUACAAAUGGGUAUCAUAAUACCAACCAUGAAAGGAGUGGUCAUGAAAAAUCCAAAGUUAUCAUUACACGAUCGCUAUCUGAAAGUACAAACAUAUUUUCGACUGGAUGAAGAAUUCGCUAGUAAGCUUAUUCAAGGUGCUGUAAAGCAAACAUUCAGAAGUAUUGGCAAUAGUGGUGGUUAA